CCAGACUUCCGCGAAAGAAGCUCACGGAGUUUCCAUUUUGCCAUCUUCAGAAGCGGCACAGCUGGAAAGAACAAAUUCCUCUUCAGAUACGAUCCCUUGAUGCAAUUUGGAUUGCCACUCCGCAUUUUUUAGUUGCUGCUGAUGGCUUGAUAGAUUGUGGAUUGCUACAGAUAUCUUGUUGAUGGCUACCGUAGCUAGACUUCCCUGUGAAUUCGUCAGCGCAACCUUCGCUUUCCCUCGUUCCAACAUCAGUUAGCUGUUUCUCCCCGACCUGAAGAAGUCACAAUACUGAACUCCACCUGAAGCGAAGCAGAGAAAAUGAAUAUCACUGGCAAGCUGAUAACAGUGGCAUUGGCCACUCUGACGAUGCUGACAAGAGACGGGCUGACCACGAACGCUUUUUCUCCCACGGCUCUCAUGGUUAGAAAAAUGGUAUCUAUGGGUCAAAAUCCUACUUCUUUUGCGGCAAUAACCCGCCUCUACUCCACUACUGAAGACUCCAAGACCACAUCUUCCACUGACAAUCAUGAUGAUGGUGAUAACGACGACGAGAAAAGCGAGGAAGAUUACAUUCGGAAACUGUUUGAAGAGAAUACCCCUCCAGAAUUGGAUGUUGUCAAUGACAACAACAAUGAAGGCAUGGACGACUUGGUCUCUCUUUCGGAUCUUGUCAUGUUGGGUGCCAACCGAUCCCUCAUGGAACAAGAUCCCGUAAUGCGCCAAGUUACGUCAGAACUGCGAGUUUGGAAGAAUUUUCGCCAAGCCGAAGCUCUCGCCAAACCUGGAAUUCCUCUGGAUGUACUCUUGGAACGCACUUGGGAUACGGCCGAAGAUGCCUUUGUGCAUUUGCGUCGAUUGGCCUAUGAAAAGGGAGCUGCUGUCCUGACACCCGAAGAAGAUGUGACUCGCAAAACCAUUGUCAUAUUGGGCAGCGGAUGGGCGGCACAUGCCCUCAUGAAGGUGGCCGACAACCAAAAAUUGCGCAUCAUUGUGGUCAGUCCUUCCAAUCAUUUUGUCUUUACACCCAUGUUGGCAUCCGCCAGUGUGGGCACUGUCGAGUACAGAAGCAUGACGGAAGCGGUCAGGGCUGCCAAUCCCAUGAUUCAUGAAUAUAUAGAAGGCAAAGCCACCGACAUUAAUGUGAACAACAAGACGGUCACAGUCAAGUUGAACCCUCUUUUGACCACCACAACCGAUGACAACCAAGAAUCACCCACCAUCCAACUCAGUUAUGAUCAUAUCGUCGUCUCGGUGGGAUCCAAAGUCAACGACGGUAUUGUUCCCGGUGCAAGGAAAUAUGCCUUGGGUCUCAAGACAACGGACGAUGCCAGAAAGUUGCGAACGGCCGUUGGGGAGUGCUUUGAAUAUGCUUCUCGGCCCGAUAUCUCGUCGGGUAACGAUCCCGGCACGUUGGCCGAAAGGACGCGACGAGUGACAUUUCUCAUUGCAGGUGGUGGACCCACCGGAGUGGAACUUGCCGGAGAGCUGUGUGAUUUGUUUCAGGAUAUCACCCGUGAGCACAAGGGCACGUACCCCAAGUUGGCCAAUCACACGCGAGUGGUCUUGGCUCAUGGUGGGCCCGAUCUAGUCCCCCAGUUCGAAGACCCCCUGCCUGCCCAAGCCCUAGCAUCGUUGCGGGCCAAGGGAGUAGAGGUGUACUUGAACACAAGGGUGCAGCAAGUUACUGAAAAAUCAGCAACUCUCAGUGUCAAACAAUUUGAUCAAGACGGAAAACUAACGGCGGAACGGGAAGAAAUCGAGGUCCCCAUUGGGUUGACUGUUUGGUGUGCAGGGACAGCACCAGUGGGAUUCUGCGAAACCCUGCUGAAGCAGCUUCCUCCCGAAGCAAGGAAUCCCGAUGGCAGAAUCAAGGUUGAUCGGUGGAUGCGUCCCGCCAUGAAAGACCCUUCGUUGUUGGGUUCAGUUCUGGUAUUGGGCGAUGCGGCUGCCCAAGAGAUGAGUGAUGACUGGCAAUCUCCAGAUGGGCAGUCACGUCUGCUGCCUUCCACUGCGCAGGUUGCGGGACAGCAAGGAGCAUUUGUGGCUCGAAAUCUCUGUCGAAACUACAACUUAACUGCCACACCCCCUCACGUUGUGUUUCCCGCCGAUUCGAACUCGUCUACCAAUGUUUUCUAUGACCCUGUCUUGAACAGUUGGCUCCAAUUCCGAGGAAUCGAGAACUCGCCUCCAUUUACCUUCCUGAACCUUGGACUGUUGGCUUAUCUAGGGGGUGGAGAAGCACUCAGCCAGGUUCAGGUCGGAGAAGUCUCGGUUGUGUCCAAAGCUGGAUCAAUUGGGUUCCUUCUCUGGCGAUCAGUGUAUUUGGUGAAACAAGUUGCAACCCGCAAUCGUGUCCUGGUAACCUUUGACUGGAUCAAGUCGUCUGUGUUUGGAAGAGACAUCACCCGGUUGUAAGCAUCCGGCUAUCUAGCCGGUGACCAGUUCGACAACAACAAAAAGACAACAAUCUGCUGAACACAUACAUAUCGCAUAUCGUACCAUGCCCGCUCAGGAGAAGAACCGA